GAAAAGGCAGGGAGGACCGCGGCUGAGCCCGGGGCACGGGAAUCUCCCAGAGAGGGCUGUGUUAGAGGAGGUUGGGCAAGGAACACGGGGUUGCUGGAGGAAGUGCCCAAGUUUACAUCAUGUGCCUAAUAAACAAGUCGGAGACCUCCGGUCGCUUAAGCUAGUUAAUGCUUGCUUCUAUAUUGGGUUUAUUCUUAUUUUUCUUGGAUUUAUAACUUGAGAAAUUAUAGGGGGAGAUAGGAUAAAAUUGAGGAGUAGUAGGGACUAGAAGAUUGCUGCAUGAAAAUAAUGUCUUGUUUUUUACGUACAGCAAGAAAUGCCUAGUUUUAUCAGCUUUCUUUUUGUGUCGUACAUACCCAAUGAGGAGAUAAUAAAGUAGCCAAUUUAAUUCAUCUGUAUAUACAUGGAUAAAGAUAUAGAUAUCUUCCUAUCCAUUUUCUUGUCGCUUAAUAGACGAGCAAACAAAGAUAUGUUGAUUAAGGCUGGAAGAUUUCUGCCCCCAAACGACCUCAAUUCGUCUCCAGUUAUUAUGAUUUUGAUCAAAGAGUAAAUGAGGAGAAGGGUGAGGGUUGUUGAUCUCUUGCUCAAGCAGCCGAUUGUUUAUUUGGUAUACAAAUCCAGAAGCCUGACAGGUGUCGGUUAGUGUCCUUGAAAACCUAAGUCAAGCGAUUUGGCUUGUCUAGGUCGGGAAAUGAGUCACGGGGAACGCAAUUAAAAGACAUUUGCCUGAGGUUCGUAUUCUCCGGCAGCCAAGAAAACCAGAUGGAGUCAUGUUGCUGCCAGAAGGGCAAGGGAGGUGGAAGAGAAACGUGAGCUCUCCUGGCAUCCAAGGCUGGUUAAGAGCGGCUGCAGAGCAAGCGAACGCAGAGCCACAUUCCACUGUCCCGAGCCCCACAAAAAAAGCAAACCGUCCCCUAAAACUCCAGUACGGUUGGGUGGCAAAGAGCGUCAAGGUGGAAAGGAAGGGCCUGACUGGAAAACGAGGAGAAGCAGAAAUGAAGCCAAGAAAAGACUACAGUGAAAGGAAGGCUAAGCUCUGGGGAAGGUGAACAUGUCAAACCUUUUACACCAGAGAAAGCAAAAGAAAUUAUAAUGUCUUUAGAACAACCCGCAGUCUUCUGUAACAUGGUUUUUGAUUGGCCAGCACAACACUGGACUGCUGAACACCUUUCGGAGGUCCUUCCUGGCAAGCGGAUACGAUUCAGGAUGGGACUGAAAAGCACUGAUACAGCUCCUCAGUUUGAAACUGCCUGUAGUUACGCAGAAGCGACACUUGAGGAGUUUCUGACCUGGAACUGUGGCCAGCCUCAUAUUUCUGGACCAUUUAGAGAUUAUGAUCAUUCUAAGUUCUGGGCUUAUGCUGACUAUAAAUAUUUUGUCAAUCUGUUUGAAGACAAGACAGAUAUUUUCCAGGAUGUGAUGUGGUCUGACUUCGGAUUUCCUGGAAGAAAUGGACGGGAAAGUACAUUGUGGAUCGGCUCCCUGGGGGCCCAUACACCCUGUCAUCUGGACUCCUACGGUUGCAACUUAGUAUUCCAGGUCCAAGGAAGGAAAAGAUGGCAUCUCUUUCCUCCUGAAGAUACUCCUUUCCUUUAUCCAACUAGAAUCCCUUAUGAAGAAUCUAGUGUGUUCAGCAAAGUCAAUGUUGUCAAUCCUGAUUUAAAACGUUUUCCUCAGUUCCGGAAAGCUCGAAGACAUAUGGUUACGCUGAGCCCAGGACAGGUUCUCUUUGUUCCCAGACACUGGUGGCAUUAUGUAGAAUCCAUUGAUCCUGUCACUGUCAGUGUAAACUCGUGGAUUGAGCUGGAAGAAGAUCACCAGGCCCGGGUAGAAGAGGCAAUCACACGCACACUUGUAUGUGCCCUGAAAACUGCAGAGGAUCCACACAACACCAGAGCUUGGUUAAACCCAACCGAGGUAGAGGAAACAUCUCAUGAAGUCAAUUGUCGCUACUUAAAUGGAGCCGUUUCUGCCUUUUUUGAUCAUUACCGAACAUCUAAGGUAAUAGAAAUGCAAGCGCUGAGAACAAAUGGGGAAGAAUUAAAUGUGCACAACCACAUGGAGGUGGGACAAACAGGUCGCCAGAACUUAACCUUGGAAACAGUGAAACAGGAGGCAGCAAGUCCCUUUGGCCCUGAUCUGGUUCCUGUAAUACAGAGUCCUGAAGAAGCUCCCUCAGAAAGAGGAGGCAUAUUUGAAAGUGACGGUAAAGACUUUGUUGGCAAAGAUGGAGAACACUUUGGAAAAUUGCAUAAUACCAAGAGGCAACGAAGGAUGAGUAGAAGUGAGAAUGCAAUUGUGGAACAAGUUGCUUCACAUGGUACUACGGCCCCUUCUCAAACACUCAUUUCUACAGAUGACUUGCUGGACUGCUUGGUGAAUCCACAGGUAACCAGGAUAGUGGCACAACUUUUGAUACAAGGAAGAAAUUUGUGAUUCUAAUAGAAAAUGACUUUUUAAAUAAUAUUUUAAAAUAUCUUUUAAAUAGUAUGAUUUUUAAGUAAAAGAACAGCAGAAGGUCAGUUUGCACGUGCUUGUAAAUGUACAUGUUCUCACCUGGUUAAAUUUCAGCCUCCUGCCACCUUCUUGCAUGCAUGUUGCUCUUUGGCCACACUAGCUCUUUGUUAUUUGUAGGCCCUCUUUCCUCACUGCCUUUAUCUUUCCUCUCCCCUCCCAUCCCUGCAGCCUAUCUCAAAUGUAAGCCCCAAGUAUUCUCAACAGGAAGUAGUCUCUCCAUCAGCCUCAAACAGGGGUCAGCCUGCUGCUUGUUUUUGUAAAUAAAGUUUUAUUGGAACGCA